GAUAAUAAAGCGUGGCCGCCCGCGCACUCUCGCACCCUCCUCAGUGGCCGAGGGCGAAGCUGAAGCCCGAGCCCAAGGGGAAAGCAACGAAAUGCUAGCGAACGCCUCACCUCCUACCCUCCUCCAUGUCCAUGGCGGCGGACCUGCUCCUUCUCUGCUUCUGCGAACCAGAACAAGAGACAGCAACAGAAGCCUCUUCUUCGCCGCCGCGUCCUCCUCCUCCUCUUCGUGCCAUUCGUCUCGAGGACGAGGCGGGUUGCCUCUCUUCUUCCACUCCCUUCCUCGUUUCCCGUUUCAAUCGCUUCGGAGGCUGAGGGCAACGCAGCGCAGGCUGCCUCCUCCUCGCAGUAGCAUCUCCGCAGAGCAGUCGGAAGAGAGGGGCGACGAGGGCACCGCCACUUCCGCCCCGCACAAGUACUCCGUUAAGAUCCCCUUCGGCAACCGCCAUAUCUUGGUGGAGACAGGCCACAUUGGGAGGCAAGCUAGUGCUUCUGUGACAGUAACCGAUGGGGAAACCAUUGUCUAUUGUUCGGUCUGUCUGUCUGAUGUUCCGAGUGAGCCUGCUGAUUUCUUCCCACUCGCAGUAAAUUAUCAGGAGCGUCUUUCAGCUGCAGGCCGCACAAGUGGUGGGUUUUUCAAACGGGAAGGGAGGGCGAAAGACCAUGAGGUUCUUAUUUGCAGAUUGAUAGAUAGACCCUUGCGUCCAACAAUGCCGAAGGGUUUCUACUAUGAAACACAAAUACUGUCAUGGGUUUUUAGCUAUGACGGUAUUCAUUCCCCAGAUUGCUUGGCUGUCACAGCAGCAGGCAUAGCAGUAGCUCUCUCGGAAGUGCCAAAUACCAAAAUAGUUGCUGGAGUUAGAAUUGGCCUCGUUGGUGAUCAGUUCAUUGUCAAUCCAACUACCAAAGAGAUGGAGGAGUCAGAGUUGGACUUGAUACUGGCAGGGACUGAUAAUGCUAUAUUGAUGAUAGAGGGCUACUGUAACUUUCUCACAGAGGAGAGGUUGCUAAAAGCUGUGGAAAUUGGGCAGGCUGCAGUAAGAGAUAUAUGCAAUGAGGUGGAGGCUUUAGUCAAGAAGUGUGGAAAACUGAAAAUGAUUGAAGCUAUCAAGUUACCUCCUCUCGAGCUCUAUAGGCAUGUUGAAGAUAUUUCUGGUGAUGAAUUGGUAAAGGCACUCCAAAUAAAAAAUAAAAUACCAAGGAGAAGGGCUCUUUCUGCAAUAGAAGACAAAGUUUUAACAAUACUUACUGAAAAAGGUUAUAUUGUCAAAGGUGAAGCUCCAGGAGAUGCUGAAGGUGUACCAGUUGCUUAUGAGGAUGAGGAUGGGGAUGAGGUAGUAGUUGUUGAUGGAGAGGUGGAUGAAGGUGAUGUUCAUAUAAAGCCGAAUUCACGGAAACCCAUUCCCUUGUUAUUUUCUGAAGUGGAUGUGAAGUUGGUCUUCAAGGAAGUGACGUCCAAAUUUUUGCGCAAGCGUAUUGUGGAGGGUGGAAAACGAAGCGAUGGACGAAACCCUCUAGAGAUUCGUCCAAUUAACUCACAAUGUGGAGUACUUCCUAGAGCACAUGGGAGUGCACUUUUCACACGCGGUGAAACACAGUCACUUGCUGUGGUUACUCUUGGAGACAAACAAAUGGCACAAAGGAUAGACAACCUUGUGGACACAGAGGAGUUAAAAAGAUUCUAUCUUCAGUACUCAUUUCCACCAUCAUGUGUUGGUGAAGUCGGGCGCAUGGGAGCACCCAGUAGGAGGGAGAUUGGUCAUGGAAUGCUAGCUGAAAGAGCACUGGAGCCCAUUUUGCCUUCAGAAGAGGAUUUUCCUUACACUAUUCGUGUUGAGAGUACCAUUACUGAAAGUAAUGGCUCUUCGAGCAUGGCAUCUGUAUGUGGAGGUUGCUUAGCACUUCUAGAUGCUGGAGUUCCUGUCAAGUGCUCUGUUGCUGGGAUAGCAAUGGGUAUGGUCUUGGACACGAAGGGAUUUGGGGGAGAUGGAACUCCUCUCAUUCUCUCUGAUAUCAGUGGAUCUGAAGAUGCUUCCGGAGAUAUGGAUCUUAAGGUUGCUGGUGAUGAGAAUGGUAUCACUGCCUUCCAGAUGGACAUUAAGGUUGGAGGAAUUGCUCUUCCAGUGAUGGAGCAAGCACUUCUUCAAGCAAGAGAUGGUCGAAAACGUGUUCUAUAUGAAAUGUUGAAGUGUUCACGACCACCAUGUAAGAAACUCUCCAAAUAUGCUCCAUUGAUUCAUGUUAUGAAGGUCAAACCUGAGAAAGUGAAUCUUAUUAUUGGUUCUGGUGGAAAGAAGGUGAAAAGCAUCAUAGAGGAGACUGGGAUUGAAGCUAUUGAUGCCCAAGAUGAUGGCAUGGUUAAAAUUACAGCGAAGGACUUGUCAAGCUUAGAGAAGUCAAAAGCGAUCAUCACCAAUCUUACAAUGGUUCCAACAGUGGGUGAUAUAUACAGGAGCUGUGAGAUCAAAUCAAUAGCACCUUAUGGAGUUUUUGUUGAGAUUGCACCAGGACGUGAGGGACUAUGUCAUAUUAGCGAGCUGAGUUCAAACUGGUUGGCAAAAGCUGAAGAUGUAUUUAAAGUUGGAGACCGUAUUGAUGUCAAACUUAUUGAGAUAAAUGAGAAGGGUCAACUUCGCUUAAGCCAUCGAGCUCUGCUUCCUGAUGUGGACCCCGAGAAAGCCAGCACCAAGCAACAAAACAUUGGCACCAUGAAAGAAAAUAUACCUCCCCAACAUCAACCUGCUAAAGUUACGGCAAAAAAGCCUUUGAGGAAAGGUGAAGGUCAGCAGAUUGUACAGUCAUCUGAGAAUUCUAAGGUAGUUAAGGUUCUCCCUCAAAAGGUAACAGCUCCAUCAGCAGAUACCUCGGAGCAAGAAAGUUUGACUGACAAAAACCAGGAAAAGGCUGGGAAGCGAUUAGCAAACCCUGUUAAAGGUGGGCCAUAUAUCAACAAAGAAAGGCAGAAGAAGGUCCUUGACGAAACAGUUACUGGGGUGUCUGCUUCUAAAAAUGGAAUAAGUUAAUGGAGAAGCUAAAAUUGAGCGAUACAUUUCAAUAUACUGAAUUCAGGGCCAAACUAAUCUCUUGUUCCAUACUAUGGAAAUGAAGGUCAGUGGAGGAUCUCAUGAUGCUGAUGGAUAAUCCAGAAACUCAUCCUUGGUGCAAUUCCUUUAUUUCCUCUCUAGCUAGAGUGCUUGUGUGAUAAUCAUAUACAGAUUAGAGGAAGACCAGCGCUUCAUAACAUUUGGUGAUUCGUUUCUGCUGGUGUUGGAAACAAGAAAUCUGCUGGCUUCAUUUAUUCACAUUACAAAUGGAACAUUUCAUAUUUUUUAAUUAUUUAUCUUUUUCUUUUUAGCAGAGGUCUAGCUACAUAAGUGGAUGGAUUACAAUUUUGUUUUUAAUACAAGUGGUGUACAUUAAUCUAUUUCUUCUUAUGCUUCUUGUAUCUGAUCUGCCAAUAUAUCUGCAGACCAGCAAAUGCAUUUUGGUGUCUUAGUUAUUUUUUGUUCAAUCAUAAGAA